GAUCUAAACCAAUUAACCACACAACAAAGCCAACAAGUCCGCCGCCCAAAGUUUUCCGGCGAAUUUGCCGAUGGAUCGGCGGCAAUAAUCGAAGGGAAAGCUACGCGAGAUAUGAACGAGUUAGAGUGACGAACGAAAUACACAACUACUAUUCGCCAUGUCGCUGUCGUGCUCCGAUUGCUUCUCCGACCUCCUAUGCGGUGAGGACUCUAGUAUUAUCUUCUCCGGCGGUGGACUUGACUUUCCGGAAUACUCGUCGGACCUGGAAUCACUUCCGACCGACGUUGAGGAAUCCAUCGCCGGAUUGCUGCAGGAUGAAAGAGAUCUCGCCGAGAGUAACUCGCGUCCUUCGCAUCAGCCGGUCGAUGCUUCUGCUAGAGCGGAAUCUGUUGCAUGGAUUCUCAAGGUGCAACAGUAUUACGGUUUUCAGCCAUUAACGGCGUAUCUCUCCGUCACGUACUUUGAUCGUUUUAUCUUCUCCCAUCACCUACCGUUGCAGAAAAUGAAUGGAUGGCCUCUGCAGCUACUGUCCGUUGCAUGCUUGUCAUUAGCUGCAAAGAUGGAGGAGCCUCUCGCUCCUUCUCUUUUGGAUCUUCAGGUUGAAGGUGCAAAAUUCAUUUUCGAACCAAGGAAUAUACUAAGAAUGGAGCUUCUUGUGCUCAGGGUCUUGGAUUGGAGACUUCGAACCAUUUCCCCCUUCUGUUAUCUUUGUUUUUUUGCAGUCAAAGUUGAUCCUACUGGGACUUGUACUGGCUUCCUUACCUCAAGGGCCACAGGAAUUAUUCUCUCAGUUCUUCAAGAAACGAGCUUGCUUGAGUACAGGCCAUCAUGCAUAGCUGCUGCAGCCAUACUCUGUGCAGCAAAUGAUCUUCCAAGCUUCUCUUUGAUUACUGCUCAGCAUGCCGAAUCAUGGAGUGAUGGACUUCACAGAGAUAAUAUUACAAACUGCUACCAACUGCUUCAACAAAUGGGAUUGAAAAACAAACCAAAGAAGCAGCCAAAGGUUCUGCCCCAGCUUCGGGUCACAACUCUGGCAAGUAUUACCACUUCAAGUGAGUCAUCCUCCUCAUCUUCAUCCUCAUCAUCUUAUAAAAGGAGAAAACUAAAUAACUCCUCCUGGGCUAAUGAUGACAAAGAGAAGUUCUGAGAGAGAGAGGGAGGAGGAGAGAGAGCAAGAAAAUAAAAAUAAAAAAAGAGGGGGGAGGGGAGGGAAAGAAAGAGAGGGGGAGUGAGAGAACAUCUUGAAAGGGAAUGGUGGUCCAGAGUUUGUCUAUAAUCCUCAAUAUUUUUUCCUCAGAGGGUGGUGAUGAUAUAUUUAUAAAAAAAUAAAAAAAAGGUUGACAUGAGUGAUGUAGAUAAUCAGCAAGUAAGUAAUAUAUUGUAUGAGAGUUUGGGAUAUUUAUAUGAUGACCCCUCUUUUUUCUUGGUGGGCAUGGGUUUGCAGAUUCCCAAGGGAAGAGGGGAUUUGGUACAUAGUAUUAAUUUGGUGUGGAGAAAUUGUUU